AUGAAGUUUGUUGUCAAGUUGGACGUUUUUCUGGAUAAGAGAUGACUUCCAUUAAAAAGGCGUUAAAAACCCAUUUUGGGUUCGAUAAGUUCCGAUCUCAGAAGCAGGAGGACGUUGUUCAAGCAGUUGUUAAAGGUGACCGGGAUGUUUUUGUGUGCAUGCCCACCGGGGCAGGGAAGUCCCUCUGCUACCAGCUUCCCGCAGUGUUGGCUAAGGGUAUUACCUUGGUCAUAUCCCCUCUUAUCGCUCUCAUCCAGGACCAAGUGGACCACCUAAGGGACCUGAACAUUCCUGCAUGCUCCAUCAACUCCAAGCUCCCUGCAGGGGAGCGCCGUCUGAUCCUGGCCGAUCUGGAGAGUGAGAGCCCCAGGUUGAAGCUGCUUUACAUCACCCCAGAGAUGGUGGCCUCCUCUGCCUUCCAGCCUUGCCUUACAGGCCUGCUCUCCCGGAGCCUCCUCUCCUACCUGGCUGUGGACGAGGCUCACUGUGUCUCCCAGUGGGGGCAUGACUUCAGACCAGACUACCUCAAACUGGGCAGUCUGCGUGCCCGUCUGCCCGGGAUACCCUGCGUGGCGCUGACGGCCACGGCACCCCAGAAGGUGCAGGAGGACAUAGCAAAGUCCCUGAGGCUGCGAUCACCGCUGUCCUUUGCCACACCUGUGUUUCGCAGUAACCUGCAUUAUGAGGUGGUGUACAGGGAGCUACUAGAGGACCCCUACAAGCACCUGCAUGCCUUCAUCAGGGAGGCCCUGACCCUGGGGGAAGGCCCCAAAGGACAGGGUUGUGGAAUUGUGUACUGUCGGACCAGAGAUGGCUGUGAGACGUUGGCUUACCAACUGACUAAGCUGGGAGUCCUGGCCAAGCCUUACCAUGCAGGGUUGAAGGCAGGAGAUCGCACAGAGGCUCAGACUGAUUGGAUGCAGGGUAAGGUGCUUGUCAUUGUGGCCACCAUCAGCUUUGGCAUGGGGGUGGACAAAUCUAAUGUCAGGUUUGUGGCCCAUUGGAACCUUGCCAAGUCAUUAGCCAGUUACUACCAGGAAUCUGGGCGUGCGGGGCGAGACGGGCUGCCCUCUUCCUGCAGGACGUACUACUCCCCCAAGGACAGGGAGCAGUUGAACUUCCUCAUCCGCAAGGAGGUGGCCCGCAAACAGGCAAAGCGUGGCUCCGAGAAAGAUCAGGACAAGGCUUCCAUCACAGACUUCGAGGCCAUGGUGUCAUUCUGUGAGCAAGAAGGCUGCCGCCAUGCCACCAUCUCCAAGUUCUUUGGGGACCAGAAGCCGGACUGUGCGGGGGCCUGUGACUACUGUCGUGACCCCAAGGCUGUGCGGGCCCAGCUGGAGAAGGGGCCACUUUGUGCACCAAGACUGGAGCAGCUUGGAGCACACAGCCCAGGGGCCCGUUUGGGUUUGACCGUGACCUCUACGCCGGGGGGAGGAAGGGCUACGGCUUUGAGAGGCAUGAUGAGGAGGGCUGGGAGAGUGGUGGUGAUGAUGAUGGCUCCGAGCAUCGGAGGAAGGAGUUUGGAGAUCUCUUCAAGAAACAAAUGAACCUGCGCAAGAUGAUAACUGCCCACUCAGGGAGGCCAGCAGCCAGAAAAUCCCCAGGCUCACUGUCAAGGCCCGGGAGCACUGUG